AUGUCGGCACCACAGAGGCUGACCGGCGAGCCAACUGCCGAGGCCGUGCUUGCUGCCUUGGAUGCAGCUCCCAAUGGCAAGAUCGCAGACACUCGACUUAUUGCACCCCAAGUGCCUACUACCGCUGCCGACCAGCAGACCGACCCGGUCAAGCGCUCGGAAGCCAACGAGGCCAUCUUCAAGGAGCGCGCACGAUGGCAGCUCGCCCUCUCAGACGUUUUAAAAUCGCUGCUCAGCAAAGAGAUGGUUGUCAUGGAGAAGCUUGAAGAAACUACUUCCGCCCCACUUGCAGAUGCGUUCGUCUUGCUCCAAAAUGGUUCGCCAGAGAUCCGCCUUGUUAAAGCGUUACCCAACCAGGAGGGCGUUGGCAAAUCCAUGGAUGAGCUCAAGCAGCUUUUGGGUGCUGACACGCUCAAGAAUGGUCAGAGCAAUGCCUUCCGUAAUAAGUGGGCCAAGAAGCUUCCAGAUGGCACUUUUGGCAGGACCGAAGCAACCCUCGGCAAGACCGACGCCGACUUGACCGACGAGAUUCAAGAGCAGAUCAACGAGGUGCUCAAGACCGGCACUCUUGCUGGUAAAGACGCGGCUGCUACCGACAAGAAGCUUGCAGAGCUGCGAAAGCGCAAGCUGCUAGCUACCCGCAAGCUCGUCUACUUUUCUAUCGCCAAGGGACCACAGUUCUCUCUCACUGUGCAGAAGCUCGAGACCGACCUCACCUUCGAGAUGCUUCAGUCUGGCUCAUGGAAGCAAGCGCCUUUCAAGAAGUACAACUUCAACGCAGAAGGUGCCGUCCCUGCAUCAGGUGCGUUGCAUCCUUUGCUCAAGGUCAGGGAAGAGUUCCGCAACAUCUUCUUCGAGAUGGGUUUCACCGAGAUGGCUACCGAUCGUUUCGUCGAGUCUUCCUUCUGGUGCUUCGACUCGCUCUUUGUUCCUCAGCAGCACCCAGCGAGAGACGUGCAAGACACCUUCUUCAUCAAAGACCCUCCUUAUGCCAAGCACAUUCCCGAAGACUACCUCAAGCGUGUCACCCAGGUUCAUCAGAAAGGCGGCUUCGGCUCCGUCGGGUACCGAUAUCCCUUCGACCGCAAGGUGACUGAAAAGCUUGUUCUUCGAACCCACACCACCGCCGUCUCAUCAGCGAUGCUCUACAACCUCGCCAACCAGCCCGGCGGUUUCAAACCAGCCAAGCUCUUCUCGAUCGACCGUGUCUUCCGUAACGAAGCCGUCGACGCAACUCACUUGGCCGAGUUCCACCAAGUCGAAGGUGUCGUCGCCGACUACAACAUCACCCUCGGCGACCUUAUCGGCUUCAUGGAGGUCUUCUUCAAGAAGAUGGGCGUCACCAAUUUACGUUUCAAGCCAGCAUACAACCCAUACACCGAACCUUCGCUCGAGAUCUUCUCCUACCACCAGGGCCUCAAGAAGUGGGUCGAGGUCGGUAACUCGGGCAUGUUCCGUCCAGAGAUGUUAAGACCCAUGGGCUUGCCAGAGGGUGUUAACGUGCUUGGUUGGGGUCUCAGUCUAGAGCGACCAACAAUGAUCAGGUACGCAGUCAAGGAUAUCAGGGAGUUGGUCGGUCACAAGGUUCCCAUUUCGUCGGUAGAGAACGCUCCCGCGACUCGUUUCUAG